GUUCAUACGGGGUCGGAGUGCCGACAACCUGUCAAUGCUGACACAUUAGUACAUUCAAAAUGUCAAGUGUAGAACCAAAAGGCCCAAGUUCACUAGAAGGAGCAAUUAAAGCAGAAAUUGAAAAGGAGAAUGUAAGGACAGCUAUUGACCAGGUAAUUCGAGAAGUAAUUUCACAAGACAACGGAAGCUUAGCAUCUGUUGAUCCUGAAUUAAUUGUCUCUCGCCUUUUGGAUACAGAAACAAUUCAGUCAUUAUUUUGCCAAAGGAAGGUGUCCAGCUGUUUGAAACUACCAGCAAAAACACAAGAAAAAAUCUUACCAGGGAGAAGGUAUUUGUAUGUGAAAGUGAAAGGUGGCAGAGCUUUUGUGGAUCAUGUGAGAGAAGAAACUGUGAAAUAUAGAACUGAAAAUCAAAGUUCUUUGUUUAUUCACUUAUCCCUUGAUGGCCAAAGAUAUGCUUCGCAAGGUGCACAAUGUGUGUGUGAGCCAAAAAUCAAUGAAGGGUUUCUGUUUGACCUUCAGAAACUUAAACCUGGUUGUAGUAGUAUGCUUGACAGUAAACACCUUUUGACUCUUGAUGCACCCCUGAAUCUUGUGGUAGUGAGAAAGGAGGGGACAUCUGGAAUAGCUUCAACUUUGCUUUCAGUCCAUGCUGUAGAUUGGCGUUCUAUACUCAGUCAGCCUUCUUCUUCACAGAAGGUGUCUUGUCAACUGAUGGGAGUAGGCUCUGAGCAGCAGGUUCCAGUAGGCCUUUUGGAUAUUGAAGUAACACUUAUUCCUAACUUAGAAGAAAUCCUCCCACAUUCUACUGUCUCAGAAUUCCUGGAAGGGACCAAAAAGCGCUUUGGAGAGAGGCGACGAUUAUUUAUUGCUUAUGCCCGACAGUGGUGGCAGGAAUUUACUGAAAUGGCAGCUAAUCAUUCUUCUAGACCUGUGAAAAUUUUUGCUAUGGAUGAAUGGGGUCAAAACAGGUUUGUUUGUGAGUUCGUUAGAAAACUGGAGGUUGGACGUGCUGUUCGUUCACCAGAAGAAGCUGCUCGUUGGAUUAGUUUGAUACCAGCACCAUCUCCAUACCAGCUUCCUUCAGGUUGUAGUAAACCAUGGUAUACUCAUUCCACUGCUCUGGUAUCUCAGUUGGAAGUGGAAAAUAAGUGCAUCUUAUUAUGCAGUAUAUUACUUGGGUUUGGCUUGGAUGCUUAUGUUUGUGUAGGUACUCGUAAAGGUGGUGCUUCCCAUUUCUGGAUUAUGACAAGAGGACCAUACACUGCAAUUACAUUCUGGGAGACAGUAACAGGUUGUAGAUAUAUACACAAGAUUGGACAGAAGCCUGUGCAUGAAUAUGAAACCAUUGGUUGUGUCUUCAAUGAUAGCCAUUUUUAUGCUUCUUGUCAGGCAUCGAAUGUAAUAGGUUAUUGUACUUUUCUUCUUGAGGAUACAAAUUCUUGGAAAAAAAUGUCUUCUAGUGCCAUCUCUAGUGUUAUUGACAAGACAUUGUGUUACCUUCCACUUAACCUGUCUACUAUUGAUGGCAACAAAAGAAGUUCUGACUUAGAAGUACAGCUGAAGAUCUUGAUUAUAGAACACCGAAGCGAUUCAGGAUUAAGUACAAAAUUUGAUGAACAUUUGAGUUAUGUUUUGAUGCCUGCUUUGUGGUCAUACGAGAGAAAAAUGAUUUAUGGUAGUGUCAGUCAAGAUGUUGGUAGCCCUGAACACUUUUCAGCUGCUCUCAUGCAUACAGUGCCUGAAGGAUACACUUUUAAGGCUUUUCCCCUUCAUUUCAUUCACAAUUCACCAAGAAGAGCUUUCUCAUCAAUCCUAAGUUCAGGUAUUGGCCGGGAAAUUGUAGAGUGCCGAGGUGACAGUGUUACUUUGGCAGUGAGGGUCAUAACUGUCAGUUACCCAGAAGAUAUAUCAGUGACUUGGUUAAUGGUUGCCUGUUCUUUUAGACCGGUUGGGUGAAACUAAAGCUUUUUGAAUGAUUGAGAGGUUAUUAUAGGUCUGUCACCAGAAAGUAUUACUCAGCCAAUCAGUGUACCUUAUAAAUGACCUUAGAAUUCUUGCUCUUACUGUGAAAGAGCUCUGGUUAGCCUACAUUAUGGAAAUACUGUGCUACAUUACAGUCAAAUACAUAUUUUAAGUGCAGUAUUUAUACUGCAGCACUCAAAAGCAAUUAAGAAGAUGGAAUUUGGAUAUUUAAACAUUUAGGAGCUGAAAAACUCAGUGGUACACAUAUCCAAAGAAGCUGGGAAUAAUAAUUAUUCAAAGUGCCUUUAUUGAUACAGCUAAUAUGAAUAAUUACAACAACCAAUAUGAGCAUGAAGCAGGUGGAUACAUAUAAGACUUUAAUAUAGUCUCAAAAUAAACUAAACAAAUAAUUUUAGAAAAUAAUAUAUUGAAUAUUACAAUGUUACAUUAUUGGAAAUGCUAUGCAGCAGUACUACAGUAUACUGUAUGGAAGACACUACAGAUGGCCUCUAUUUUUCAACAAGUAUAAUACAGUACCUAACAAUCAGCUAAUAAAGAAAUAUAUAUAUGUAUUGGUGAUAAAGUUAUCAUUUAUGUGCAUUUGAAACAUCUGUUUUUUUAACCAUGGUGGAAUUCAACAGAUCCAAUGAUAACAUUUUGGUAGUGUAAUAGCUUUUAAGGUGAGAGAAAAGCAACAUAAUUUGUGGAUAAUAUGAUAAUUUUAACUGAAUAGUAUAGAGAGGAUGCAGUGACCUCCCUGAAAAUGCUCUGGAAUGUGGAAGAUUGUUGAAAACCUACUGUAUAUCUUAGGGAUUGAUCUUAAUUAUGGUGUUUACAUAUCACUGGUAAAAGUAUAAUUGUAUACAGUAAAUUAUUUGAUGUGAAUUUCUGUUCUGGAGAACAAGAAUGUCCACUUUAAAACUUGAAUGAUGGUAUUUUACAUAUAGUGACUACGUACAUAUUUAAAUUCCAGAUAUUACCCAGGGAAAAUAAAGAUUCCAGUUAUUGAAUAGUGAGAUUUGGCUUUAGCCCUAAUUAGGGUGUUGACACACUACAUCACAAACAGGCUGUACAGAGGCCCCCCGUAUUUGCGUUCUCCAGAUUCGCGGACUCUAGCAUCUCAUGAACAUAUCCCCCAUUAUUCGCAGUAUUUUUCUAUGAAAAAUAUCCACAAAUUCCUGUUUUUUUUUAUCAAUUUCAUCAUAAAAUGCACUUUUUGUGAUAAAACUAUUAAAAAAACUAGUUAUAAAAAUUUUCAUUGGGUUUUUCUUGAGUAUUAACUAACAAAAUAGGCUAUUUUAAGCGUUUUUAUAGGGGUUCCAGCUAUUCGCAGGUUCUAACUAUCCGGGGGGGUGUCUGGUACGCAUCCCCUACGAAUACCUGUAUACAAGUCAGCAACUUAUUGGUAGUCUUAACAGUUAUUAAUAUGAUAAUCCAGCGUUUACCAAAGGUUUUUUCUGCACUUUGUGGUAUCUAUGCAGUAAGUUUCCAAUGUGUGUUUGUAAUGUGUUAUGUUAGUGUGGACACACCCUUACAGUUGAUCGUACAAUUGAAUUUGUAUUUGUUUUCAACAGGGAAAUUUACUACUUUUCUUCUUGCAUGCAAAAUGAGUGUUAUUUUACUGUGGUAUGAACUGCACACCACAGUAAAGUAACAUUCCGUACUUGAAGAGAGAAUUUACGCCAGCAGGAAUUAGAAGGGUCAUGUGAAUGGAAGAUUCAGUCAUUAUUCUUGGGACUUGGCUGUCUUCCCUCUCUUCCAUGGAUUCAGGCAGCCAAGGAACUUAAAAGUAGCUGUCCAGGUUGACCUUUAUAAAACAAUAAGGGCUCAUUUUUACGUCUUUUGAGUAGGUAUCCUGCUCUGUUAAAUGUGCUGUAAUACAUUUAUAAUUUAUUUAAACUCGUGAAAAGUAUUUUGCCUUUUUGUUGUGGAUAAAAAUGGGCUUUUUUGUUCUAGUUAAACAUUUUAUAUUUUGCUGUGCCCUGUAUUCACUUCUGAUUGGCACAUAUUUCUGGAUCACAAACUAAAUCAAAGGUAGCCAUUGAGUCAGGUUCAUUUUUAGUGAAAAGAUGCAUAUCAUCAAUUAACAUUUUGCUCAUGAUAACUAGAAUCCAAAUGUUGGUCUACCACUCCUGACUAGGCACCAUGGCAUAUUUAAAAAUAUAGUAUUAAUUAGUUUGUAUCUGAGACAAAAUUGUCUUGAAAUUUUUCAUAUGUAGUAAUUGUACUGCCUUUUCAAUAGUGCUAAAACCAUUUUCUAAUUCAUGGCUGAAGAGAAGCAUCCAUAGUCAUUUGAAAGCUCAUGUAGUAUAUUAUUUAUUAUUGUCUAUUAGGAGUUCUACCUCCAUGUUGUAGUAAAUGUAGCAUCAGUGAUUGUAUUGUAUUUAUCUCAAAUGUAGUUUUCUGUACUAGUAGAAACUUUAGUAGUAUACUAUAUAUCAGAAAUGUAUUUUAGUAUUUUAAUCAUUAAUAAACACCAUAGACAAUUAAUCCAUCUUAAGGAUUUGUCUUGUUUGUUUCUUAUACAUAAUAUAGGGUUAUGUUCCUUUUACUUGAGUUGUGUGAGCUUUCUACUUUGAUUUUGGAGAUUGUCAUAACACUUUAUGUUAGUGUUAUGCAAAUCUCUACCAUUAAUUUGCAUUGCAUUGUAACAGGCUGUGUAUGGAUGUGUUUGAUGAUGAUUUUGGUUAAACUUAGUAAACAAAUGGUAGAUUAUGCAUGAAACUUGCAUAUACUAUACAUAUUUUAUCAUGCCACUUAGUGAUCAGCUGGUCUGUUAGUGUUAUCUUAUACCAAUAUUUUUGUCAUUCAGUAAGAGAGCUUAAUUGGUUAAAUGGAAUAACAAUUAGUUCCAGUAGCUAUCUAGUUAUGAUGUGUUGGUAUGAAACAGUAAUUGUUCUUUAGUUAAGAAAAGCUCUUCAGGAGGACGGGUCUUAGUUUCAUUUGACUUAGUUAACAUCAAUAGUAAACUGUACAUAUUUUAUAAGGACUAUUCUUGAUGAGACUAUGGUGUCAGUGUAAAAGCAAAUUACGGUUCGCAUACUAUUCUACCUAUUGGCUGUGGUUGUCUUCUCUGAAUACUUUGUAGAAUAUAUAAAGACAGAGAGGCUUAUUUUAUCACCUUAUACUGUACUGUUUAUUACUGAAUUCUAAUUUAACUUUUAGUGCUUGUGCAUUUUUAUAACUAUUUGAUUAUCAUCUCAUAAAGAAUCUACAGUUAUUAUUAAUUGCUCAUGAGCUUGUGCUUUGCCACAUUAGACCCACUUUUUCUCCCAUUAUACAAUCUCACAUUGGUUCCAAUCCUUUUAGAGUGCUCAAGGCACAAGCCAAUGAAGUUUGUCUUGAGGGAGAUAUUUGUAACUGUAGAGGAUGAUUUGCCUGCUGCAACAGAUUUGUUUCCUUAAUAGACUUUUACCAAUAAAAGAGUAUUGGUGAUUGCCCAGAGCUUUGUAGGGUUUUCCCUUUGAUUGUCAAAAUGUAAUGAUGAAGGACCCAGUUAUCAAAUAGUCACAGGUAAAGAAAUCACUCAUGAGCUACUGAGAGUUUUUUUUUAUUUAGCUGCUGCUUAGUGCAAUAUGAUAAAUUAAGUAUAUCUUAGUUUAACCUGACCACUGAGUUGAUUAACAGCUCUACUAGUGCUGGCCUGAAGGAUUAGAUAUUUUUACGUGGCUAGGAACCAAUUGGUUACUUAGCAACAGGUCCUACAGCGUAUUGUGGGAUCCAAACCACAUUAUAAUGAGAAAUAAAUUUCUAAUCACCAGAACUAAAUUCUUCUGAUUCCAAAUCGGUAGGGGAGCAUGUAACCCACUCAUCCAACAAGGAACUUUUCAAUACAGUUGAACCCCUGUAUUUGCGUUCUUGACAUCUGCGGACUCACGUGCGUGUGGAUUUCUACCCAUUAUUUGCAGAAAAUUCGCCUAUUUGCAGUAUUUUUCUAUGAGAAAUAACCACAAAUUACUGUACUAUUUUCAUAUCACUUUCAUGAUUAAAUGCACUUUUUGCAAUAAAAUUAUUAGAAAAAAAGAUAUAAGUAUUUUUAGUGGGCCUUUUUUGAGUUUGAACUAACAAAAUGGGCAGUUUUAAGCAUUUUUAUCGGGGUUCUAUGUAUUCAUGGAUUCUAGGCAUUUGUGGGGGGUUCUAGAACGCAUCCUUGGGUAUACAGGGGGUCUACUGUAUAACAAAAUGUUCUAAUUCAUGUAACUGUUGCAGAGCAGGAUAUACAGUAUAGCAUAAUAGAGUAUCUUGAGCAUUGCUGAUGGCACAAGGUGAUAUGAGCAUAGAGUAACAAAGUCUCUUGGUUCAAAAUGGAGCUAAUACUUAAUAGCAAUUUGAAAGUUAAGCAAUUAGACUGCACACAAUGUCACAAAUAACUUAGGAAUCAAUACAUGAAAAGACUGUGAGUAAAAAAAGGCCUGCUAUGGUCUGCUUUUUUGGAAUAGGGAGGAGCCUUUGAUAUAAUGCACUUGGAGUGCACUAGGCAUACCUUAUCCCUUAUGUUUUUAAGUCACACAAAGUUCCAUGCACAUACAGUACUAUACGUAGUACUUGGUAAUCAUCACAACUUACAUUUGACUGAAUUGAAGUUAUGUGCCUUUUUGUGAUGCAGUGAGUGAAUUUAAGGUAGAUUUUGAUACGUAUUCAAGUUUCAAAGUUUUGAAGAUCAUUAUUCUACUCUUUAUGCAUGUACUGUAGUCACUGAUAAGUGACAAAAGAAGGUGCUUUGUCUUUAAUUUUUUUUUAUAAAUAAUUGCAGGUUAUACUGAGAACUUUCAUAGAAAAAAAUAUUUAGCAUGUUCCUUAAACUUUUCAUCUCUAAAACAAUUUUUUGAUAGCGUAGUCGCUGUUUUGUCCUCAAAGGAUUUACCCUCCAUUGUGUGUGCCAGCUCCCCACCAUGGAGGGUAAAUCCUUUGAGGACUCAACAGCGACUACCAAAAAUUGGUUUUUCCUACGUCAAAACCUGUUUUAUAGUACUUUAAAUGAUGUUCGCAACAUGAAUGCUGCCUCAGGUUUCUAGUCCAAGAUCAGGGAUAGGCUAUGUAAAGUUUCAGCUAGCUAAUGUAAGUGGAAGUAAUUGAAAUCUUAAUACUGUACAAAAAUUAUCCAGUUUUUGUGGGUGAGGAAGUUAUUUCUUAAAGGUUAGAGACUGAAACCCAUAAUUGUUGAUAAUGUAUUUCUCUGAAGAUAUGGUGUAAAUACUAGUGAUUGCUCAGUGGAAAAUAUUUUAGUUAUAAGGAAAGUAAUAUUGUAAUGACUUCCAACAGCCUUUAGAGUUGGGGCACAUAUAUGGGGAAACAAAGAAAAUAGAAAUAGAAAGGACAUUUUAAAUUGUAAAGAUUUAAGCAAACUCCAGAGAGAAAUGGUAUAAUCAUAAGAUAAAAUAGAACCAAAGACAUUGCUAGCAAAAUGCUGGUGAAGUAUUGAGAUAUUUUUUCAAUGUUAGGUAGGCGGAAAUGGAUUCCAUGUUGCUUCUUUAUAUAUUUUCAGAUGACGAAGUGAUGAAGUUAAUUGAAAGAAAUUCUUAUUUUGCAUUCUCAAAUCAAGAUAACAGCAAAUCAAUAUUGUCUGUGUUACAUAGAUGUGUAUCUACUACUUCCACUAUCCUGAGCUUUAUUGAAGAUAUUUGUUUUCAGGUCCAUUGGCACCUUUACUGUGCAGAAUAUCAGUUCCCUUUCUGCUUGUAAAAAGGGGCUAAUGCUGAACUGUUGUUUACAUUCUUAGGGAAGUAAUAGAUUUGAUCAUUGUAACAGUUGAGGUACUUUCAUUCAUUGCAAGUUGUCAUACUUAUUGGAUUAAAUAAAAAACCUUAUUA